GCCAAUUUGUAUUUUUGUUGAAAAACUUGUAAAUUUGUUUAACAUCGCAGGAAAAACAUAGAUUUUCGCACUUCAAGUUUUUUUUCAUUUUUCCUAAAAUAAGGUUUUCGCAAUCCUAAACUUUGAAAUGGUGUAAUUUUUAUACCUAAAUAAGGGAUAAACUUCUCGAAAAUUUUCCAAAAACAAGGAAUUCGUUCAUACAGAUAAACCAAAGUGAUCCCUUUUCUUGCGGACAUCACACGGAGAGAAAUCUGCUGCGAUUUGCGCAUGAGCAAGUCCAUAGGAAUAUAGCAUGGACACUUCCAAGCAAAAACUAUAAGAUUCCAUCUGAAUAUCAGGUGAGACUCAUACAAUAAUACCUCGCUCACUUAGGAUUUUUGCUUGAAAGCGUCUGUUACUAUAUUCCUAAGGACAUGCUCAUGCGUAAAUCGCACCAGAUUUCUCUCCGUGCAACAUAUUAAAAUUAAAAAAAAAUUAGGAAAAAUUAAUUUUCGACCAAAAUUUUUACUUUCUCAUGUGAUGAAAAUGUAAAAAUAUUUUUCAUAAAAUAAGAUUUUUUUAUAUUUAAAGUUCUUUACGAUCCGUACGAUUUUUUAAACCAGUAAAGAGAAAUAAAAUCAUUUGUGACUGCUUUCUGCCCCUUAACGUAAUCCCCUUAUUAAUUUCUCUUUCGUUUAAAGUACAGGUUAACGUCAUGAGCCAAAAUUUAUGGAAAGGGAAGCAGGAUAAGCACCCAUUAAAGACAUCUCGAAGUGGUAGAACACUCAAUCGCUCACAAAAAGUAAUAACGUCUUCUGAUGAUGGAUCUUCAUUGAAAAAAUCAAAAACAACAACAGAAGUAGAUGAAAAGAUGGCUAAUUUAAAAGAGAAAUAUGCAACAAUAAUAGCCAACAGGUCGAGUAAAUCACCUUUACAGAUUCUCAAGUCUAUUAAGACCUUAAGUUCUGGUAUAACAUUGCUAUACAAUAAGUCUAAAGAUGAUAAAUCAAAACCUGAUUGUUCAUUAGCAAGUGGAAGUCAAAGUCUGCAAAUUGAUGGUCAUACGCCAACUUCUUUUCUUUCUCCAUACACACUCGGUUCACCACUUGAUUUCAAGUCAAAUAAAAAUGAUUCUACCAAUUCUAGAAGUGAUAAUUUGAACAAAACUUUAGAAAAUACAGGACCGCUCGAUAAAUCAAAAUCUGAAAAAUCAUCAACAUCUAAACAGCAAAAUUCCGAAAAUGGACAUUACCCGCCACUAUCUUUGCAAGACAUGUCUGCGAAUGAACGUUCCGAUCCCGGAAGUGAUGAUUUGACCUUAGAAUCAACACGGUGACCAGAGAGGGAACACGACCAAAUUUUAGGUGGGAACAAUGCACCUGGAUUUUCUACUCAAGAAAUUAAAGUCGUCGAAGGUGCUUCUCUAACCCAAUUGCAAAACACAUUAGAUAUCAUACUCGAACAAAACGUUCAAAUUCUAGCUCAGCAAGAGUUAAUUCUUAAGGAACUCUCCAAAAAUAGAAUUGAAUCGGAAAACAAACUCUCAGAAAAUUUUUUAACACCUCUUGCAGGAUUCCCUAUUGAUACAGUUGAACAAUUUGAAGAGUUAAACUCUAAUGAAACGAAAGACGUUCGUAUG